CUUUGUGUCCAGUCAUGGUUAAAGCCAGGUGGCCAGUUGCUUAUCAGUGAUUACUGCUGUGGGGAGAAGCCCUGGACACCAGUGUUUGAGGCCUACGUCAAACAGAGAGGCUACGUCCUCUAUACUCCCUCACAGUAUGGCAAGUUCAUUGAGGAAGCUGGUUUCUGCAACGUUCGGGCAGAAGACCGGACACCCCAGUUCAUCCAGGUCAUUAAGACAGAGCUGCAAAGAGCAGAGGUCAUCAAGGAUGAAUUCAUUGAGGAAUUAUCUGAAGAGGACUAUUUUGCAAUAGUAAGUGGAUGGAGUGAAAAACUGGGACGUUCCAACAGUGGAGACCAACGAUGGGGACUAUUUUAUGCAACUAAGGAUUGAGUGAUUGAUGGGGAAGAUAAUAAAAGGAAAAAAAAGAAAUGUUUUAUUCUU